ACAUAGUUAAUAUGUUGUCAUAAAACCACUACUUUUUCUUCCGCAAAACUGGGUAGGAGGAUCAUAUUCGAUUUCAGACUGUAGAAGGGGUGAAAAUGCAGAGUUUAAGGAAACACGUGAUUGAUCGCCUUCAUGGGAGUGGAAAGGAUUCGAUCCCUGAACCUUCUUCCCUACAACGACGCCAGAUACACAUCGAGCCAGGGCUUCGAGAAAAAGCGCUAUUGGAAGAAGAUCCUGCACUGAAGAAAUUCAAGUCAUACAAAAAAGGCAUUUGGAGAUUGCAGAGGGCUGGGGAUGUUAUUUCAAUAAUUGUUGUUGCUGGAUGCUGCUAUGAGAUUUACCAUAGGACAAUGAAGAAGAAAGCCGAGCGAGAACAGCAGAAUACUGGUGAAUAAGCAUGGAAUAGAGCAAAUGCUUCAGUCACAAGAAUUCCUUCGUAAAUGUUGAUUAACAGUGAAUGUUUUAGGCACUGGAGCAAUAAAUUUAAUCCUGCUUCAAUAAACAUACAAUUUGUACAUUUAUUUUACUGAGGGCAAACAUUUUGGCAGCAUCAGAUUAUCUGUGUGGCUUGAUCUACAUGAAUAAUUGUUUGGUUUAUUAUUUACACAAACUAUCAGUUUUUCUGAAGCAUGUCAAGACUCGUAAAAUUUUAAUGAAGCGCAAAUGGAAGCAGAUCAAAUAUAAUGCACUCAUGUACCAGCUUAGAUUCUCAUACAGUGAAAUAUGCACAUUCAUGUUCAAUUACUAAGCCCAACCUCUUUUUUUUUAA